UACUCCCACAGGUCUUAUAUAAGAGAACCUGUGAAUCUAAUCCACUUUGCAUAUUCAGAGUCUCAAAGUUUGCCUGGAAAGGAUGGUUUCUGCUGUUGUUUUCUAUCCUCAAAACACUUUCUUUAACAAACCCUCUUGUGUUUCUUUCAGCAAGCAGCUCAAGUUGGGGUAUCCUAUUUACUCUCUCAAAGAUGGGUCCUUGGCUUUUGCUUCACAGAAUGGCGUGCUUCAAUCUUCUGAUAGAAAACUUCCCUUGUCAUCUAACCAGGAGGAGAUAAUGGCCCUGUUCAGACGGAUACAGUAUUCAAUCUCGAAGGGAGAGUCUACCGCCACUGAGAAGAAGAAUGCUGGCAGGUCUGAGAAGUCCCCUACUGAUUCAAUUCUGGAAGUUCUUCUCCGUUCAAGGAAGCAAGCAAAAGACACAAAUACAGUUACGGAAGGAAAGAAUGUCCCAACACACAAACGAAGUGUGCCCAAGGUCCAGAAGAUGCAAGCACGAAAUGCCUUGGCGGAUUUUAAGUUAACCAGACCACAUUCUAAUUUCACAAAGAAGUUUUCGAUACCAUCUCCAUCAACGCCAGGAGAAAAGAAUGCUGAGCUGAAUAGUGAAGCAUCAGAGGCCAAAGCCAGCGGCAGCAUAUCAGAGUUGCCAAGAGUAGAGGAAAUGAAACUGACCGAGCUGAAGGAACUAGCAAAGUCCAGGGGAAUAAAAGGUUACUCGAAGUUGAAGAAGGGUGAGCUUCUGGAAUUUCUGAGGUCCUGAAAAAUGAGAAGUGCUUGAGCCAGAAGACAGGCAAUCUAGCUGCUGGAAACCAACGUACGUGGCAGCAAGAAACUUAAAUUCCAAGAACAUAGUGUUUUCUAAAUGCAGUUCCUGUGUUAUUUUUGGCCCAGAUUUCUUGACAUUGUUUUACUUUUCCGCCAUUAAGGUUGUCUGGUUCUAUACUUCAAUUGAGUUCAGUGGUUUACAUA